UUUAUAAAACAACGCGUGUGAUGUCUCCUGAAUAUUUAUUAUCUUUUAUUGUUUGUCUGCUGCAACUUUCCGACACGAGUCCCAGAGAGAGAGAGAGACAUGAAAGCUGCAAACUGAGGGGAAACAACAGCAGCUCUGCAGCUCUGCUUUUAUUCUCAAAUCAUUUCUCUCUGCACGGGCUUUUAAUCUGAAAUCUCGUAUCAGCUGCGCGUUUAAUUGAUCCGUCGGUGAUGAAGUAAACAUGUGUUGUGGGUAGAUGUGAAUGGUUGAGGCUUCAGUUGUGUGUGUUUGUGUGUGUGAGUCUUUGUUCACUAUAACAGAUGGAUCCAAGGUGACCCCUUUUUUUAAUGUUAUGUUGCGUUCACUGGUUGUUUGUGACUUUUAACAUUUGGUCUGGAUUUUAAAUUAGAGCACAGAGGAGUAGUAGUGAAAAAUAAAUAAUAAUAAAAGCUGCACAGAUGUGGUUUCUAUUAGGGUUAGGAGUUGAUGUUUGCAUAUUAUAAAAAAAAAAAAAAAAUGUUGUUGGCUUAUACUUAACGGACUAAAAAAGAAAAGCAGAACUUCCUGUUUUCCCCCCCAAGGUGUUUUGACCCAUAUUUAAUCCACAGCCUGCAGUGUCUGCAGUGAGCUGGGAAUAGCCGUGGGUGUGGACUCCUAUUGUGUUUGUCCUCGCCGAGGGGGCAGCAUGUCCAGGACCUGACAUGACCCACGCUGCACAGCUCAGCUCAGCUCAGCUCAGCUCAGCUCAGUCACACGACAACAACAUUUAUCACCUCCAUUCACAUUAGUCUGUACUCAGAUGUCCUUGUGGGGGUGUGAUCGAGUCACGUGAGAGCUGGAAGUUAAUAAACGAGUGGGGCAAACAAACAAGGCCUCUCAGGAGGAAUGUGUAAAGCUCUGAACCGCUGUGGCGAAGCCCAUAUAAGCUGAGAGAAGUGAUCAGAACACAGCAGCAAUCUUCAACCGACCGAGGAGGAACUGGGAUUAAACGUCAGGAAUGUAAAUGAGGACCAGUUCGGAGCAGAGGAAGCUUCGUUCCCGUGAUGCGGCCAGGUGUAGGCGGAGUCAGGAGACGGAGGUGUUUUACGAGCUCGCCCACACCCUGCCACUCCCACGGCGAGUCGCCACCCACAUGGACAAAGCCGCCAUCAUGAGAGUGACCCUCAGCUUCCUGAGGAUGAACCGCCUCCUGCGACCCGAUGGAGAACAGAAAGAGGAGGAGGACGAAGAUCCGAUGGACUCUUUCUAUCCUCAGGCGCUGGCCGGCUUCAUCAUGGUGAUGACGGAGGAGGGAGACAUGAUCUACCUGACGGAAAACGUCAACAAACACAUCGGCAUCACACAGCUGGAGCUGCUGGGUCAGAGUAUUUAUGACUUUGUGCAUCCAUGCGAUCAGGAGGAGCUGAGAGACCUGCUGACUCCACGCCCAGGUGUGAAUAAAAAAUCGCAGACAGAGCAGUUGACUGAGAGGAAUUUCUUCCUGCGAAUGAAGAGCACCCUGACCAGCAGGGGGCGCACCGUCAACAUCAAGUCUGCUACCUGGAAGGUCCUCCACUGCACAGGUCACAUCCGUCCUUUCGGUGGCGUCUCCACGUCGCCUCCUGCCGACCGAGUGAUGACGCUCCUGUGUGAGCCCGUUCCUCACCCGUCCAGCGUCGAGUUCCCCCUGGACACCUGCACCUUCCUCACCCGCCACAGCAUGGACCUGCGCUUCACCCACUGCGAGGGCAGGGUUACCGAGUUGGUCGGAUACAAACCUGACGAUCUGAUUGGACGCUCGGCCUACGGGUUUCAUCACGCGCUCGACUCUGAUCACAUCAACAAGAGUCUGCACACGUUGUUGUCCAAAGGUCAGGUGAGCACCAGCCACUACCGCUUCCUGGCGAACAGCGGCGGCUUCGUGUGGGCCGAGACCCAAGCGACCGUCCUCUACAGCAGCAAGACGUCGCAGCCGGAGGCCGUCGUCUGCCUCAACUUCAUCCUCAGCGCCGUGGAGCAGCCGGACGUCGUCUUCUCCGUGGAGCAGACGCGCUGCGGCCGCCUGAAUAAAGACGAACCCCGCUCGCCGGUGCCUGCAGCAGAGGAUUGUGGGACUUCAGAGUCUGACAGCGCGGCUGAAGAUGAUGCAGAUUCGACUCCCGGCGACGCUGCCGAUCUCUUCCUGAAGCUGAGCGAGAAGCCGGAGGAGCUGCUCCAGUUGGCUCCUGAUGCCGGAGACGCCGACGUUCCUCUGACGGGAGGUUUUGUCGAGCUGUCGUUCGCCAGCCCCUCGAAUCCGUCCAGUCCGGACUCUCUGCCGGAACAUCCUCAGGAUCUGUGCACUCCGGUGCUGAGACAGCUCCUCUCACCCAUCUUCAACCCCAUCACUCCUCCUCCAUCGUCACCGUCAUCAUCAUCACCACCACCGGCCUCCUCACCUGAGCCACUGCCGAGCCCUGAUGAGGAGGUGAUGGACACCAGUGAGGUGGAAAAGUUCUUUGCUCUUUGGCCUGAAGAUGCAGAAAAGAAAGGAGAAGCUCCAGAGGACAUAGAGGGGAUGGACUUGGACAUGUUGGCUCCUUACAUCUCCAUGGACGAUGACUUCCAGCUGACCUUCCUCAGCAGUUUGCCAGAAGCAGCCGACAACCCUCCGGCCUGUUCGUCUGAACCCGCGGCUGUGGCGCCUCCAGCGACAGCGAGCAGGAAACGCACCCACAACCCAGAUGAAGAGAUGCCAUCUCAGCUGAUGAUUCAGGACAAAAGACAGAAACAAGAUCCUUCCUCAAUAGAAGAGGAACUUCUUCUCACCCACAGAUUGUCGCGUUGUCUGGAGGAAACCGACCAAUCAGAUCUGGUCUUGAAGCCGAGCUCGGGGGGACGGAGUCAGCUGCUCACGGACCGAGACCCUGUUUUGGGCGGCAUCCAGGGACUGUGUGAUACUGCAGCUCUGAUGAGGGACAUAUUCAUGAACCGCCCCCCUGACCUCUCCCCGCCCCUCUCACCGAUGACCUGAAGGAGUUCCCACCAACCAGUCGAGAGUGAAGCCGGAUCCGUCUGCUAAAAAAACGCUAACCCGAGCGCCCACACACAGACGCAAACACACACCGCAAACAAACGUACAAAAUUCAGCCUCACGCCCACGGCACGAACACGCAGCGAAGCCCGACGCGACCCCGCUGUUUGUAGCUGAACCGGGACGGCCUCUUAUGUCGGCUUUUCUCAUCAAAUAUCUCUCACUGUGAAACCAAGAGCUGCUGACCUGUUGUAGAUCAGAACAAGUUUGUAAAGGUGUUGUUAAGAUUUGCUUUUGCUUAACCUUUAACCUUCACUUACACUUAGCAAUUUUCAAGUGUUUCCAGUGUGUAGGAUUGAGUCUCACAAGUAGCUCCUUCUUUUCCAAACACGAAGGAGAGUCGAGCUGAAACCUUAAAAUAUCCACAACUAAAAUGUGGAAAUGGAAAUAAUUACAGUUUCAAAUUCUUUUUAUACAGUUAGUGAGGAAAACUCAGGCUAUUACAGAAACAUGAUCAGCUCUGAUAUAAAUAGAUAUAAAUGGUUUAUUCUAAUCUAAAAAAAUACACAACAGAUUAAAACCUUAUUCCAUUUCUGUUUGUGGUUUCGCCCUGAAUCCUACACACUUACAUUAAACACCUAUUUAUAUGAUUUCACAGAUUAUAGGAGCAAACAGCAGGUGGUGCUAAUUUCCUUCAUGCUACCAGUGUGACAGAUUAAUAAUCCAGAGUGGGUUGAACAAAGAAAAUAAUAAAUGAAGAUGGAGACGUGUUUCUCUAUGCAGCUACAUUCAGCCGAUCACGUUCGUCUGUUUCAGUGAUUCUGUCGUGGUUUUAAAACGAGCUGCGUGCAACAUCCGCCGAGUAUGAACUCAGUUCUCUGUCUUUUUAUAAAAAAUAAAAAAAAUAAAAAGUCUCACUGCAAACAUAAAAACAAAAAAAAAAACCCUGCGAGUAUCAGUGGCAUUCUUCAUAUCAGUGGCAUGUUUUUACAUAUUUUUAUACGCUUUUUUUUUUUUUGUUUUUAAAAUGAUGCAUUUACUAUAAUAACCGUUUAUUACUGUGUCAUCUACGAAUCGAUUACUCCUGGUGUUUGUUUUUAAUCUUCCCGGGGUGCCAGGCGGGCGGUGCUUAUCUCAUCUAACUGAAGCCGUUUCCUAAAAAGACGUUUAGGGGGAAAAUGAUUGAUUGUGAAACGCGGCGUCAAACCAUAGACGGAUGCAGUUUUAUGUUAUUAAUUGUUUGAAUCCAUUAGCCGGCUUGUUUAUAUGCUGUUAGAAACACUAGUUUUAGUUUGUCUUUAAGUUACUACAAAAUUUUACCUCGAUGUAAUGAGCUGAAAGUAGACAUGUACUCCUCAGUUUUUUUGUUUUUUUUUUUGAUUGACGAAAUCUUGUCUUUAUUUUUGUGUUCAUGCUCUUUCAAAGCUCUUUGUGCCUUUUUUGAAAACAGGGAAACGUUUCCCUCUCGUCUUGUUUUGGUCUGUUACCUUCACACAGGAUUCAGCUUCAAAUGUGAUUUUUAACACAGACGGAGAAGAUCAAAUACUGUUUUACUGUUGUUAUUAUUGUUACUAUUACUGUCUAUCCUGUAUGUAUCCUUGAGCUAAAUAAAGCUGCUGAAGCAGAA